GGUGGACCGAGUUUCGUGGUUCGUCGGUUUACGAGACGGCGCGCCGUUCGUGUACCAAAAAUAAUCGGGACAUCUAGCCGGUCUCUAGCAAGGAGGCUUGGAAACGCUAAGGUAAACGUGGACGUGCUGCCGGUUUCUGCUCGUGGACAGGAUGAGGUGAUGCACCGAGGCUCGCCCUAGAGCUUAUCCGCGGCUUGGCGACAAAUACGUGAUUCUUGAUUACGAAAAAAAUGCAGACGGCGAUCGGUUGCAGUUGGUUAGUUCUCGUCGUCUGUCUUCACAGCGCCGGCUGCCUCGUCAGAGACACACGCGUAAUGACGCGAUGGGCAGAGACCUUGGGCGCCGAAUUAUGGGAACUCGCGGAGAAGGUGGCGAGACCGGACGAACUAUUAAGCAAAUACAAAGCGAUGAAUACCCGGGUGGAGGACAAGUCCGGGGACAAAUUGGUGAGCAUAAUCAGCGAGAACGUCGGCAGGAUGCUGAGGAGGAAGAUGGACGCGGUGACCUGCAUCCGGAUAGAGGCCGAGAAGAGCUCGGAGAAUUGGAUCGACGACGACGACGGGAACUUUACUUACGUUUCGGGGAAGUACAGUCCCGUGAUCAACCGGAACGAGACACCGGAACUUCCGGAGAACAUGGAGCAAAAUUCCGGCAUUUACAGAGGGAUGGAAUUAAAGCCAGACUCGCAUUUCUAUAACAUACCGGUGAACACGAGCUUCUCGUCGGUGCAUAUACCGACGAACGUCUACGAUCUGAGGCCCGCGGUCCUGGAGGACAUCAAGAAGACGGAGAUCCUCGACGAGAUUUUCCAGCAGAAUUACGAAUCGGACCCGGCUCUGUCGUGGCAGUACUUCGGCUCGGUAUCCGGAAUGCUGAGACAGUAUCCCGCCAUGCAGUGGAGAACGGAUCCUAUGAUGAACGAGGACGAGGAACAGGAGGACGGGGACGGCGAGAAGGAGGAGGAGAUCGACGACGGCGAGGAAAGGCCAGAUAUUUACGACUGUCGAGUACGGAGCUGGUUUAUCGAGGCUGCUACCUGCAGCAAGGACAUGGUGAUCCUGAUGGACACCAGCGGCAGCAUGACGGGCAUGGGAAAGACAAUCGCCAGGACAACGGUGAACAUGAUUCUGGACACCCUGUCGAACAACGACUUCGUGACCGUGUUGAGCUACUCGAACGAGACUUACGAGGUGGUGGACUGCUUCAAGGACAUGCUGAUCCAGGCCACGCCGGAGAACGUGGACACGUUCAAGAAAGCGAUAAUAACAGUGAAAACGGAGGGUCUCGCUAAUUUGACCGAAGCUUUCAAUAGAGCGUUCGACCUUUUGAGGAAUUACAGGGAAACGCGUGGGUGCGACGCGGAGAACUCGUGUAAUCAGCUAAUCAUGCUCGUGACGGACGGUGUUCCUGGAAACCUGACCGAGGUGUUCAAAACGUGGAAUUGGCAGGACAACUAUACUCACAUACCUGUACGAGUGUUCACCUAUCUUCUGGGCAAAGAAGUGACAAAGGUACGCGAGAUACAAUGGAUGGCGUGCCUCAAUCGCGGUUAUUACACGCACGUUCACACGCAAGAGGAGGUUCGGGAACAGGUGCUAAAAUACAUACCAGUGGUCGCGAGGCCGAUGGUCCUCCAGGACGUUGUUCAUCCUGUCGUGUGGACUCACGCUUACGCGGACAUCACGAAUCCCGCACUCGCCACCUGGCUGUGGCAGGUGAUGCGCCACGCGGAGCAGAAAUCCCGGCUUCAGAAACAUCUGAAAGGGAAACGUCUGGGCGUGCGAAUAAAUGAGGACGAAAUCUACAUACAACAGCUCCACAAGGACGAGGACGUUCGACAGGACCCGUCCACGCUGAAUACCACCGCCUGGCAGGAGUACAGACUCCUCACGUCGGUCAGCACGCCGGUGUUCGACCGUAAGGGGAACAAUCGCAACAACCAAACGAGAAUCGCGCAUUUGUUGGGCGUGGCAGGCACUGAUGUACCAAUCGACGACAUCCGGAAGCUCACGUUGCCGUACAAGCUCGGUGUAAACGGCUACGCCUUCAUCGUCUCCAACAACGGAUACGUGGUACUACACCCGGACCUCAGGCCUGUCUACAGAGGCAGGCUCAAACUGAAUUACAACAGCAUCGACCUAACGGAAGUCGAGAUUCUGAACGACGGUCUUGGACCUAGGAACCCCGGGCCGGAGAUCCUCGAGCUACGCGCCGCGCUGGUGGAUCACAAAAGGGGCAGCACGAAAGGAGUUCCCGUGAAAUUGCAUUACGACAAUAACCGGCGGGUGACUCUGGAGAGACGUGACUACUUCUACGCGCCCCUGCCUGGUACGCCUUUCGGUCUCGCGGUCGCCAUACCCAACUACGGCACGACUUGGAUCAAGGUGGGAGACGAAAUCCGUAGAAACCAGAACAUGAACAUAGACGUGUCCGACUUCUUCCUGGGCAACAACUGGCGCGUGCAUCCCGGUUGGGUGUACUGUCGUUACCACUAUCUGGAGGGCCACGAGUUCGAUAAUCCGGAGGAAGAGCUCAGACACUUCCUGGAUCUGUUGAACAAGCCGGAAUGGCGCUGGUCGGAGCAGUACGCGUCCUACUUCAGCGACGACGAUACCGACGAUCAUGUGCCCGAUUGCGGUAGACAAACGUUAUCCCACGACGACUAUUACUGCAACAGGGAGCUCAUGCAGCUGUUGAUCUUCGACGCAAAAGCUACCAACGCGAGCUUCGACGACGAGUUUGUAUUGGAGGAUGUACGUGCACGGCAUUUGGCCGAGCUCUACGGGAUAUUCUUGAGGUUCGUCGCUACGCAGAGCGGCUUGACCAGGUGGCACAACCUGGACACGAACAAGCUGCCCGAGGAAGACGACGACAUCGUCUUCGGGGACCUUCACAGGAGGGCAGUAAACGAGCCUUGGUACAAGGGAGCCAUUUUCCAGAAUAUUCUAGACCCUAACAGCAUAUCCGUGACAGUUCCGUGGGAAGCUGGUCCAGACGCUAUAGUGACGGUCUCCAUCGGAAUAUUUCCAAAAGACGGCGGCAAAACAGCACCAGCGGCUGUGAUAGGCUUCCAAAUGCCUAUGACGGCUCUUUAUGAGAGAUUCAUUCAGUUGACGAGUGGUCCUAGCAACACGACCAUGAACUGCGCCCACGUGUGGAUCGAUUGUUACCUGCUCGAUCAGAACGGCUACGUGGUGAUCUCGGAGGCGCACAACAACACUGGCCAGUUCAUGGGAACGCAGGAAGGCGCUGUGAUGAACUCCAUGGUGGGCCAGGGCCUGUUCAACUCGGUCGAGAUUUACGAUUACCAGGCCUGGUGCGAGGAGGUUCGUAUCGAGGAUGCGGCCAGCACUCUGACGGACCCUCUGAUGUACGUCUGGAAAUUGUUGCUCUGGUUUCUGCUGCGCGUGACGUGGUUCACGACCCAGUUCGUCAACUUGCCGGGCGGCCUGGCGAAAGUUCACUUCGACGAGGACGCCCCGGAUCCGCCGCCGCCGCCGAAGCCCUAUCUCCAUCAUUAUCCCUGCGACCAGAAGAGGACCCUUUACAUGAUGAACUAUACAAUCGCUGGCAAGGGCAUUCACAAUCGGCCGGACUACUGUUCAAGGCCGUUUUACGCGCGCAGGGUGCCGCACACGAAUUUGCUGCUGGUGGUCGUAGACGCGAUGUACCCGACCUGUUAUAAAAGAUUAGAGGUGACGCCAGUGAUCAUUUCGCCGCUGGAAUAUACGAACGGCACCGAGAGCGCGCCGUGCCAUAAAAUUCCGCUGAACGACCUUAAGAGGAGGCGACUGGAGGGCUGUUUCACGGAGCAUCCCCUGGAGUACGAGAUCGAGGAGUGCGGCGGCGCGUCGGGACUCGCCGUGUCUUUGUUACUGUUUUACACUGUUGUUGCUAAAGUUUUAUGUACGCUCGUAUGACUGUCCAAGGGAAGAAUAUCAGUCGUUCGAUUAACGACGAGAAGCACACUCCGAGGAAUACGCUGCUAAAAACAAUUGGGACAAGGUCAAAGGGUCGAGUGUUCAAAUUAUCUUAUCCUUUAUUCUUCAUUUUUCAGGAGAAUUUGUUGCACUUUCAUCAGCGUUGGAACUCUAUAGGCUCGGUCUCUUUGCCAAACACCGAUCCUAAUCGUUUUGAGCAGCGUGGUUUUUUACUGUCCCAUCCAGCUUGAAUUCGCCUGCAAGAUAUUAUCAGUUUACCGAAUAAAGAUAAGAGCCGUUGAUGUGUACAGUUUCUACGUACACAGAGCAAUUUUUUUAAACGAACGACUCGAUCGAUUCGCGAUUUCAAUAGAGUGGACGUAUUUUUCAAUCCACUUUAACGCCUCAUUUACGCUACGUAACCCGCGAGGAAUCUUGAGAAGUUCCACGUAGAUCCUGGACUUGUUUAUGGUUCGAAACUUUCGCCGCUUUUGCUGGG